AUGUUAGAUCAGUGUAACCCUCAUGUCAAGGCUUUUAGGUCUGCAAGAGACAGAUUCGACGUGGAAGGAUCAACAGGUUAUAGGAUGAGAUUGAUUGAAAGUCGACAAUCUGAUGGACGGACCCAUAAUCUGCCGACUGCAAAUGAAGUUGCUGCUUUGAUACCUGGAGAUUUUGUUUUAAAUAUGGAGACACGAGAUAUUGUUCUAGAGAGUACAAGUGGAAAGUUGCAAAGGAUAAGUGAAUUACAUCCGGCGUAUUUGCCUCUGCAAUAUCCACUAUUGUUUCCAUAUGGAGAGGAUGGCUUUCGAUUAAAUAUUCCUAUUGGUUUUGAAGACAGCACUGCGAGAAAACGCAAGAAUGUAACUAUGCGUGAGUACUUUGCAUUUCGGAUUUUAGAGAGGAGGUGGGAAGCACCUACAAUUACAAGAUCAGGCAGAUUGUUUCAUCAGUUCCUUGUGGACGCUUACACAAUGAUAGAAUCGAGUAGACUACGUUACUUGUGGCUGAAUCAGAAAAAGCUCCGGUCAAGUAGUUACGCUGCAAUCCAGAAAGCAGCUACAAGAGCUGGAGCUAAGAUGGCGGAACAAGGGAGCCGAAUUUUCAUUCCAGCAACUUUCACCGGGGAAAAAGUAAUGUACACGAUUGAGUUUCAAAAAGAGGAAUGCCACACGCUCAUAUUCUUGUCUUCAUGGAAAAAUGAUCAAAAAUUUCCAACAGCCGAUGAUAUAGAUAAGAUUAUUUCCGCUGAAAUACCAGACAAGACAGUAGAUCCAGACCUGUAUGUGAUCGUUGGGGAUUGUAUGAUGCAUGGUCCUUGCGGUGCAGCAAAGAAGGAUAAUGUAUGUAUGGUUAACGGUAAAUGUUCUAAGAUGUUUCGAAAACCUCUCAACAUCAGGACAUCGAUUGACGCAAAUGGAUUUCCAGCUUACAUGCGUCGGAUUGAUGGUAGGUUCAUUGAGAAAAAUGGAAUCAGAUUAGACAAUGGAUUUGUUGUACCAUACAACAGAGACCUCAUGCUUCGAUAUCGCGUCCAUAUGAAUGUAGAGUGGUGCGUCCAAACACGAGCUGUUAAGUAUCUUUUCAAAUAUAUUCAUAAGGGACCUGAUUAUGCCUCAGCUGCAAUGGGUAAAGAAGAUGAAGAUGGCGUCAUUGACGAAAUCAAAACAUAUUACGACUGCAGAUAUAUUACUGCAUGCGAGUCGUCUUGGCGGAUUCUUGCUUUUCCUACACAUUUUCGUACUACUUCUGUAGAGAAACUUGGCUUUCAUCUUCCGGAUCAGGAACUUGUACGUGAGAAUGGGUACCACGGAAACGGGCUUUGCGAUAGGGAGGAUUGCGCAUAUUCAGCCAUCAGAGGGCCGACAUCAUACGAGGAUAUAAGAACAGUUGAUGGUGUGUUUUUAUAUCAUACAUACGAAGAUGCUUGCUAUGCGUUGGGAUUGAUGGAUGAUGACAAGGAAUUCAUAGAAGCUAUCAAAGAUGCCAGUGACUGUAGUUCUGCGACGUAUGCAAGGAAGCUUUUUGCGAGAAUGUUGGUUUCCAAAUCGUUGUCUCAGCCUCAUGUAGUGUGGGAAGCUACUUGGGAGUAUCUUACCGACGAUAUUCUUUACAAGAAGCGGCGAGAAACUGGACGACCUGAUAUGAACUUGACCAUAGAGCAGAUCAAAAAUAUUGCUCUUACUGAGAUCGAAAAUCAUUUGCUCAGCAAUGGUCGUAGCCUCAAGAAAUGGGCCCCACAUGCCAAAGCCAGAAAAUUUUGGAGAGAUUACAACGGCAAUCGCCUUAUAGAUGAUGAGCUUAAUUAUGUUGUGGAAGAUCAGCUAAAGGAAAAUGAAAGACUUAUGGCGAUGAUAACAGAUGAGCAAAGAGGGGUAUACGAACAGAUUCUGGAUGCAGUUUUAAAUGAUAGCGGUGGAGUGUUCUUUCUUUAUGGUUAUGGAGGCACAGAAAAACCUUCGUAUACAGAGCACUCUCGUCAGCUAUCCGAUCUAAAGUUGUUGUUUUCGGUGGAGAUUUCAGACAGAUUUUACCGGUUAUACCUAGAGGUGGUAGAGCAGAGACUUGUUUUGGCGGCUCUGAAUUCGUCAUAUCUUUGGGAGCACUGCAAAGUUCUGAAGCUAACAAAAAACAUGAGAUUGCUGGCUGGUCUUACUGAUGAUGCAGCAAAAGAGCUUGAAUCCUUCUCAAACUGGAUUUUGGAUAUAGGAGAUGGAAAAAAAAUAAAUUUGCCUAACGACGGUCAAGUUGAGAUUGACAUCCCUUCUGAUUUGCUGAUACAAAAUAGUGGAGAAGACCCUAUUGAGACUAUGGCAAAAGAGGUUUAUGGACAAGCUUUUCAAAACUUCAACAGAUAA